AUGGCUAAUGCCGGUUAUAUGAAUGGGAUGUUGGCCAAAAGACCCUUAUUGGAAAAACUAUCACCGCUCAGCAUUUUCUUUCUUUCUGUGGUCGUGUGUGCCUAUGCAGAUGAUGCUCUUCUUCAAGGCAUUGACACCUACCGGACAUCCCUGAACUUGACGACACUAAUAAAGAGCGACAGUGCAGAUUGUCUUGCUGAUGAAGUAGCUGACCAAUUUAAGAACCAACCUUGCACAAACACAACUAGUGCUCACACCGUACCAGGCACAGAGCCUCGGCUUUCUAACUACCGAACCCUUCUGGCCAAAUGCCAUUUGAACGUCUCCAAUACAAGGGAUGGCAAUGUGAUGCCUGCUUAUGUUCCGAACCUGAUGCCAAGUCUUGUGCUAUUCAACUUCACACAGUCUCUGGAAACCACUGAAAAUGAAUAUACUAAUGAAGGUUACAGAUUUGGUCAAGAAGAAGCUGUAGCUGCUCAUUUGACUUGUAAGCUUGUAAAAGCUUCAUGCCUUGCACUUAGGUCAAUCAGUGGAAAUAGGAUUCAAUAA